AUGAAUCCCCAACAUCCAAAUCUCAACAAUAAUCUUGAUGAUGAAGCAUUAAAAUCACUAAUAGCAAAUUUGAAAAAUGAGGUGCCUAAAAUACAGGUUUUGGGUAAAGAGGAUGAGGGGUAUAGGGAGGGGAUAGCGAGGUGGUCGGGGGCGGCGGAGAAGGAGGCGGCUCUGGUGGUCUUCCCUACUACCGCUGAAGAUGUCUCCAAGAUUGUUCUCUUUGCUAAGGCUAAUAAUCUCGAUUUCGCAGUCGUUGGUGGCGGACACGGUUCUUCCGGAUCAUCCUCAACCCACAACGGCCUCUCUCUCAAUCUCUCAAAGAUGCGCAACGUGACCAUCGACCCCCUCACCAAAUCCGCCCUCUGUCAAGGCGGCUGUCUCUGGACCGACGUCGACACCGCCGCUUCCACCCAUGGUCUCGCCGCCGUCGGCGGCACCGUAAACCAUACCGGAAUCGGAGGACUUACCCUAGGAGGCGGCUACGGAUUUCUGACCCCCAAAUACGGCAUGGUAAUCGACAAUCUGCUCGAAGCCGAAAUCGUUCUCGCCAAUGGACAAAUCGUCACAUGUUCCGCGCACCAAGAACCCGAUCUCUUCUGGGCCAUCCGCGGAGCCGGUAUUAGUUUCGGAGUCGCCACCAGUUUCACCUAUCGCCUGCACCCCCAACCCAACCGUGUCUGGGGCGGCAUCCUCGUCUUUCCACGCGAAAAACUCGAAGCCAUCAUCUCCUUCGCCAACACAAUCGUAAGUCCCAGUGAAGAAAAAGCCCUUCUCCUCCUAGGAUUUGGCGCUCCGCCCCCCGCCUUCCAACCCGCCAUCCUCACCCCCAUCUUCUACAACGGCCCUGAAGCCGAAGCUCGCGCGUACUACCAACCGCUAUUUGCGCUCGAACCCCUCGCAGACACAACACAGGAAAUGGACUACGUAAACGCCAACACCAUGCUCAACGAACCCAUGGCCCACGGACUCCGUCGCAACAUGAAGGGCGCCGCAUGCAUGCUCCCACUCACUUACACCUUUGCCGCCGAAAUAUUCUCGGAGACAGAGAAAUUCCUGCGUGAAACACCGGAUGCCAAAUAUACAAUGGUGAUUUUUGAAUACAUACCCUUUGGCAAGAUUCUGCAAGUGGGACAACAGGAAACGGCAUUUGCAAAUCGGGGCGCGUAUGGGAAUUUGUUGUUUGGACCGGGCUGGGAAGAGGAGGCGACGGAUCAAAAGUGUAGGGAGUGGUGUCGACGGAUGGCGCGGAAGGCAAAGGGGGAGUUGGAACGGAGGAUGGAGGAGGGCACGGAUGAAAUUACUAGGGAUGGGGUGGGGGCUUAUUCGAAUUAUGAUGGUGCGGAUCAUGAGGGAGGUAGAUUAGUCUACGGCAUCAACUAUCCUCGUCUUGCCCAGUUGAAGAAGAAGUAUGAUCCCGAGAACUUGUUUUCCAAAGGUCCGGAUCUUGUUUCCUAA